UGUUACUCCUCCCCAUCUUCACUAGUGGUUUUGAAAAUCAGCAGAAGUUCUUAAUAUAUGUGAACAGACUAAAAAAAAAUCCUCACAAAUGAUGGCUACAGCUUCAGCUGAUCUACUGACCAUUACUCCAUACAAGGAAGUCCUCUGGAGUAACCAAACUAACCCAGCCGGAAAUGCAUCAGAAAGUCAAAACAAUGCCAGUUGUCCCUUAGAUGAAAACUCCCUGUCACUUGCUUUGAUAGUUUUUUACUCCAUUAUUUUUGUCAUUGGAUUGGUUGGAAAUAUGAUAGCCCUGUUUGCUUUUCUGUGCAUUCAUCAGAAAAGGAACUCUAUCCAAGUUUACUUGCUAAAUGUAGCUGUUGCAGACCUUCUGCUGAUCUUUUGUCUUCCCUUCCGAAUACUCUAUCAUGUUUCCAGAAACACCUGGAAGUUUGGACUGAUUUUAUGCAAGAGUGUAGGCACCCUAUUUUAUAUGAACAUGUAUAUCAGCAUAGUACUGCUGGGACUAAUUAGUUUAGAUCGUUACAUAAAGAUAAAUAAGUCUGUGAAGCGCCCUAAACUGUUAACUACUACACGAAGCAAACAUAUUUGCUGCACGGUGUGGGCAGUUGCACUAACAGGAUUUAUAGUAGUAGUCGCACCAGCUUUCUUGAAGAGUAAGGACAGCAAUUCUACCAUGUGCUUUCAUUACCGAAAUAAACAGAACGCAAAGACAGAAGCAAUUAUAAACUAUAUUAUUGUACUGAUUUUUUGGAUUGUUUUUUUCCUUUUGAUUCUUUCCUAUGUUAAAAUUGCCAAGAACCUUCUGAAAAUUUCGAGGAAAAGAGCAAAUUUUCCCAAUGCAGUAAAAUACAGCCAGACAGCAAGGAAUUCCUUCAUUGUGCUCAUUAUUUUCACCAUCUGUUUUGUCCCUUACCACGUGUUCCGGUUUGUAUACAUUACAUCCCAGUUACAGGAUCCAUCAUGCUACUGGAAGGAAAUCAUUCACAAAUGCAACGAGGUGAUGCUCAUAUUUUCAUCUUUUAACAGCUGCUUAGACCCAGUUAUGUAUUUCCUAAUGUCCAGUAGUGUCCGUAAGACUGUAUUGCAACUUAUUUGCAGAAGAAUUCAUGGAGAUUCAGGCAUAACCCUAGAAAGCACUUCAGAAAUAAAACUUGGACAAUAUACACAAGACCGAUUAUCUACCACCACUCCUCACUCAAGUUCUUUAAGGAAGAAAUACCUGAUUUGAUUGUCUAAAUGAAUAUACACCAGUUUCCCUCUGGCACCCCAGGACAUCAUUUGAAGAUUACCAAAUGCUAUACUGUACUGCUACUAAUCCUGCCUCUUUCUUCCUGUUAAAAAAUGAGAAGUCUUACUUCUGUUUGCAAAAAUGAGAAGUUACUUUUCAGAAGCAUUUCUCUUGUUUAUCCAAGAAAACAAAUAGGAAGUUCUCGGACAUCUUCUGCUGGACUAAACUAGAACACUAACUCUUUAAGAUUUCCACCAAGUGGUUUGAACCUGUAUAAAGAAUCUUGUGUAUAGACAUUAAUAUUACCAACUUGUGUCUGUAAAGAAUAGAUUUUGCAAAAAAAUUAAACCGUGUCUUGUUUGAAAGAGCUAUAUAAACCAUUGCAGAUUUUAUGUAAUCCUCUGAUUUAUUAGGUUCCAAAGAAUGGGAAUUUUAACUACAUU